AGUGCAGUCAUCAUACUCAAAAUGAUUUAAUUCUCAUUGCAUUGCAGACCAGUUGGGAAUACAGUUUCGGCAUUUUUCACUUUAAUAGUUUUCAGUCAGAAUGGCGGAUCAAAUUUUGGGACGAUGGGAAUUAGUGUCCAGUGACAAAUAUGAAGACUAUCUAAAGGCAGCAGGCGUUGGAAUGAUUCAAAGAACCAUGGCUAGCAAAGCGCAUCCAAUAAUGGAAUGGUUACAGAAAGAUGGAAAAUGGGUUCAGAAGACUUCAACAGCCAUAAAAAAGUUUGAAAUAGUUUUCGUCCCUGGCGAGAUAUUUGACGAGGAAUUGGCAGAUGGAAGGAAAUCGAAGUCAACAGUUCAUGUCGAAGGGAAUACGCUUACGCAUAAGCAAAGUACAGGAGGCGAAGAGUCAGAAGUUCAACGCGUUUUUAAUGGAAAUGAGAUGGUGACCACUUUCAAAUGUGGAGGUGUCGUUGCUACCAGAGUUUUCAAACGAAUAUAAAACAGCAUAGUACAUACAUAUUCAUAAUUUACAUAAAUGACAGAGCCCGAGAAAAUAAAAUUAUUAAAUUAACACAA